GAUUUUUCUCUUAAUCCUUUCUCUGAAAGUGCAUUUCACAGUGGAAAUGCAAGCCUGGAGAUCUCUCCGAGCGCUCUCUCAUUCGCUCAAUUGAUGCCCAGACAGCAGGAAUGUGCUAUCCCUGGUGAUCAUGUGUGCCCAAGUGGGGUUGCUGCUCUCCCACCGAGAAUUGUAUGUCCAACGGCUGCUGUGAGAAGCAACUUGAAACUUGCAGCGGCACAGGCUGUUAUGCCACUGGCGCUACCUGCUGUACCAGCUAUGCCUGCCCUGGUUCCGACAACUGUUUACUAGGGAAAUGCUGUCCUAAAAACUCGCAAACCUGUCGAGGGACGGGAUGUUGGAAAUCAGGCGCUGUUUGCUGCACUGGCAGUAGUGCUAGUGUAUGUAGCAGUGGAGAAGAAUGCUGUCCAACCGGCUGUAUGCCCGCCGAUGAUGGGAAUACGUGUUGUGGGCAAAAGUAUUGCACAGCCGGGGAAUUCUGUUGCGCUGGACAGACUAGAUGUUGUCCUGAUGAAUGGGAAUGCUGUGGAGACACGUGCUGUUCUCCAGGCUCAGAGUGUUCUGAGGGAACGUGUGUCAGUACGACAACGUCCACGACAAAGUCACGUUCAAAAUCUUCAUCCCAGUCGAAAACUCAAUCAACUCCAAAAUUGCCUACGUCUUCAUCUGCAGCAGUUUCGACAACUAAAUCCUGCGUCACUGCAAGUCCCAGCCCGACUGGAGCAGCAAUCAAGAACCUGCCCGUCAUUGAGUUCAUCUAUAUCGACACCGAGUUCGAAUCCUUUGGAGAUAUUGUGAAGAGCAUGUGCCUCGGCAUGAAUAACAGAAAUGUGGUGGGGAACCAAGAUAUUCUCACCUAUGCGGGCUCCAAAGACCCUUGCUACAAAGACCGACGCGGCGAGGUGAAAUGUGGUGGAUGCUGUAGUAAUUUACUCAAGGACUCUGGGCCUUUCAAAGGAUUCCCCACUAGCUGUGUCACGGCCUGGACAAGCUGUGGAAGUGGAAUGUGGGUAUGUUUUGUGUAAAUAUGUAAGAAUGAUGGUGCCCUAAGGGCGGUGAAGAAGCUAUAACGUGACAAGCUGCGACGAAUAUCCAUUUGCUUCAACUGUCGAGGGUGGAGCAGGAGCUCACAAGAGUUGUGUCGUUGGCUUUCAAAACAGCUUGCAAGGAGGAAAAUUAGGCCCAUUCUUGAGCAAGUUGACCUAUGGACAACAGUUCGUAGUACGGAUCGU